GAGAGAGAGAGGGGGCCAUUAAUUACGGUCUGAUCUGCUGUCGCCCGCACCACCGACCUCACGGCGCGAGAGACAAUAGCGGGGGUGCGACAACACGCCGCGAUGUGCUAGCAUGCAGGGGAGGGGGUGUGUGUGCGACUACUGCUGAUGCUGGACCGCGGUACGAGGAUGGCUCCUCCAUGGUGCAGCUCGCUACGCAUCGCUGCCUCCCUCUGCCUGCCAACCAUUCUUACCUAGCUCGGGCUGCUAGCGGGGGCCAGGCCGACGAUAUCGACGGCAAAGCACAAUGCCAGAGCCCCGCGGUCACGCCGCCCGCUCAGUUCGUCUGCGAGCGCAUGUAUCGGCGGCUGCGCCUCUCCCCCUCUCCCCGCGCGCUCACCGCCUCGCCCUCCCGACACGACCCACGCCGCACGGGGUGACACAACCGUGCGCAUAGGACGGGCUCACUGCCGAGACUGUGCCAGUCGGACACAAAACGGGCGGCUACAGCUCGAGUGAAAGUAAUUGGCUCGUAGGACAAGGUCAGAGCGGGUUCGCCAACUGGUUUAAGCCACAAUGGAGAAGACGGUGGAAGCGAGAGAGACCCGUGCGCCAUCCAGUCACACGGGUUAUACUGGUUUGACCGGGAACACGACGUCGACCAACACUGUAAGCAGAGGCGUGACGGACGUGAAGAAAGAACACGUUCCGACGGCCACCACCGCCGCCGCCGCCGCCGCCGCCGCCGCCGCUGCCGUCGACAGCAGGCUGCCCCUUGAAAAGCAUCACCGUGACCUUGUCGACAUACCGGAGGACGAGGGUUACCGAGCUUACUUCGAUCACCCGCUCACGGCCGCCACACAGGCAAUGAUCAACAUCAACGGUGGUGACGACCAGGCGAACGCUAUCGGACUGCUCUACGAAUACUACAAGCUGCCGGCCAUCGAGAAACCUGACAAGACGGUCGGCGACAUCUGGAGCGCCACCACGGCCGCACAUACGACCUCUAUUACGUCAGUGCCCCGGAUAUCCGCUCCCAACGCCGUGGAACUCUACCUAGCCAACGGUCACGGCAAGUGCGAUCAACAACAACAACAACAUCAUCAACAACAACAACAACAACAACAACAACAACAACAACAACACCAACAACAACAGUCACAUUCCCGCACCAACUCGCCUCCCCAGCAGGUAGACAAGACGCACGGCGGCAUACACAGCAAGCAACAACAACAACAACAACAACAACAACAGCAGCAGCAGCAGGACAGCCUAACGCAGAAGCACAGUGUGCUUGCGCAGCAGCUUCAGGCGCCGAUCGGCAACGGCAUCCACAUCAAGACUGAGAAGCCGGACGACCUCGGAGCGGCGCUCGCCGACGGCACGGUGACGCUGGCGACGAUGACGACGAUGGCCGUCAACAGCCCCAUCAUGAUUGCGAACAGCGCUCGCGGCGGCGGCGCUGACUACACGGAGCUGCCGCCGCUCGUCAGCCGAAAGGAGCUAGAGAUGAGCGGCGAGGGCCUGCCGCCCGUGUCGACACUCACGCGCAGCUAUCAGAACCUCAGCUCGUUCACGCAGGCCGAACAGAACGUCUUCUUCACGACGACGCAGACGGGAAACGCGUGGCCCGUCAACGGACAGUUCGCCACGCAGAGCGGCGGCGGCGGCGGGGGCAGCAGCGGUGGGGGGUACGGACGCGGGCAGGCGGCCGCACAGGUCGUGACGGCACCCAGCAGUAGCGACUACUACCGCGAGUAUUACUCGCCGACGAAUGCCGACUACUACACGAUGCGUAGCGUCGAUCCGACAUACGCCGACCCGUCAGAUGGCGCCUUUGUCGACCGCUACAUGCGACAGAACGGAACCGGAAACGGAAACAACAAUAAUAAUAAUAACAACAACAACAAUAGUAAUAAGUACACGAGCCAGCAUCACCUGCACGUCGAGCUGUCGUCGCCAGACAGCGGGAUCGGCGACGGUGGCGUCACGCCGCGGGAGGUCCUGGGUCAAGUGUUUGACUACUCUGAGAUUCCUCCGUCUAUGAUCAUGCCCGGGGACGUCGAUCGAGCUUCUGUCAUCUCUAGGACAGAAUGCAAGAGCGCCGAGAAAAUCAGUCAGAUCAGCUCCAUACAGAUUCCCAAGCUCAUCUCUAACGUCGGCAUGCGCUACUGGUUCGAGUCUCCUAUCUCGACGAAUCAGCGUCGCGAGGAUGAUCGCAUCACCUACAUCAACAAGGGUCAGUUCUACGGCAUCACGCUCGAGUACAUACCCGACGCUGAUCGACCUCUGAAGAACCACACCGUCAAGUUAUGUAGUGGCCUCGAGCCGAGUCCGAGUACAAGUUCGAGCCAUUAG